AUUUAGGGUAAGGGAAAUCAAUUUGGAUUAGUAGUUUUUUUCGAACCACACGAUGAAUCGCGUGUUACAGACUGGUUUGCUGCUCGGUAUCCUGCAGAUCUUAUCGUGUUUCCCAUCGACAGAAUUUGCACCAUUCCAGAUUGAAGCGCGUGAUGACAUUCAAGUUAAGAAUGCUCUCACUGAGCAAGCAUCUAAUGGGGAUGUAAUGGUCAAUGGUCCCGAACCAUUCAGUUAUUCGUCUACUGUAAAUGCCAAUCUUGAUGGUCAGGAAGAUGUUCAAGUGAGCAAUAACGCUAAAAUCGAUUCGAAUGGCAACAGCAUAAACGUAAAUACAGAGACUAAUAUCUCAGACCAUGAUAAUGAUUCUUGCCCGGAUCACAAUAAACCACCAAGUCCACCAGGUCCGCCAGGAGGACAGGGUGGUGGACAAACUCCCGGAUAUGGUCCAAACUCAGGUCCAUCAGGAGGACCAACAACACAGGGUCCAGGAGGUGGUAACAGCACACCUCAGAGUACUGGAUCACCUCCUCCUUCACCUCCUAUUACUGGUUUAGGACCACAGAAAGGGCCAGGUAUGCCUCAGAGUACAGGAUCUCCAUCUAAUCAACCUUUCAUCAUCGCAUUACCAAUGAAUGGAUUUGGUACUCCGCAAGGACCACCAGGAGGCCAAUCUCCUACACAGUCUCUCACUUCACCUCAAUCUACAAUGGGAACUACUCCUCCACCACCAUCUACAGGACCACAAAAUCAACCUCCCAACAAUAGUCAAUAUGUUCCUAAUAGUUUAUCAAGUCCACCUCCAGGUCAAACUGGCACACCAACAUCCACUCCAGGGUCUAAUACAUCACAACCACCUAACCAAGGGCUAGGUUCAUACAUGCCUUUCUCUAUGCCUUCGAUGUUUGGCUCAUCCCCUAAUCCAUCACAACAAUCAACAGGAGGUCCUCCAAGCUCACCUCCUGGAUAUACACCAACUGCUACAGGACAAAAUCCAAAUGGUACACCGACAUCCCAAGGGCCAGGUUCAUAUCUGCCUUUUUCUAUUCCUUUGAUGUAUAAUCCAUCAUCAAAUCCUUCCCAACAAUCUGCAGGAGGACUUCCAAACUCACUCCCUGGUUAUCCGAAUUCUCCAACUGCUAUGGGACCAAAUAGCACACCAAUGACUAACCAAGGACCAAAUCCUGUACCAGGUUCUACAACAUAUCCAAAUGGUCCAAACCCAGGAUGUGAUGAUCAAUCGCCACCUCAAAACACUCCAUCUUCAACAAAUCCCUUUGGUGGGCCUAUGAUUAUUCCAAUUCCAUUCCUUGGCGGACCUAACACAACCCCAAAUAAUUCAGGACCUACUCCUACAUCACAGCCUGGAUCGCCACCUGGAGGACCAGGAUAUGGUGGAGUGACACCUCAAAGUCUACCAGGCCAGCAACAGCCAUUCACCCCUAAUUUACCAAAUAAUGGAAAUACCAUGCCAACGUCCACUAAUUCUGGUGGUCCCACUCAACCUCAAAAUAGUCCCAUGAUAAUUCCAAUCCCAUUCUUUAAUGGAUCUGGUACAGGACCUACUACCACACCACCACCUGGAACACAACCUGGAGGACCAGGAUACCCUGGAGUUACACCUCAAAGUCAACCAGGCCAACAACAGCCAUGCCCCCCUAAUUCACCAAGUAAUAAUGGAAAUACCAUGCCAACACCCACCAAUUCUGGUGGUCCCAUGAUAAUUCCAAUCCCAUUCUUUAAUGGAUCUGGUACAGGACCUACUACCACACCACCACCUGGAACACAACCCGGAGGACCAGGAUACCCUGGAGUUACACCUCAAAGUCCACCUGGCCAGCAACAGCCAUUCAUCCCUAAUUUACCAAAUAAUGGAAAUACCAUGCCAACGUCCACUAAUUCUGGUGGUCCCACUCAACCUCAAAAUGUUCCCAUGAUAAUUCCAAUCCCAUUCCUUAAUGGAUCUGGUACAGGACCUACUACCACACCACCACCUGGAACACAACCCGGAGGAAUAACACCUCAAAGUCAGCCAGGCCCACAACAGCCACCACCAAAUAACUAUGGAAAUGGAACUCCAACAUCCAUGCAACCUCAAGGGAACAUGCCUAAUCCUCAAGGAUCAAUACCACCUCCUCCUGGUUAUUCAAAUAUUAGUCCAAGUUACUUCCUACAUCCAUUAAUGUUCCCUUGGCCAUUUGAUUCCAGCCCCCCACCCAACACUAAUGGACAGCCCACAACUCAACAAGCAGGAAUUCCAAGAUCUGGUCCUACUCCCACACCAAAUUCAAAUACAACUCCAUUACCUGGUUCCACACAAUCACCAAGCCCGCUGGGACCUCAAAGUACCAACAAUUCACCAACUCAGAAUCCAACACCAAACUCUAUGACCCCUCAGAGUACCACUACUCCAGGAGGAACACCACCUCCAACUCAAAAUGGACAAAAUCCAUCCACACUUCCAUUCAGCCAAUCACCUAUUCCAAUUGCUAUCAUUCCAAUAUCCAAUCCUUCGGGAAAUGGCCAAUCUGGUUCCAAUCAACCCAACAAUAAUGAUUCUGGAGAGCAACAGGCAAUAGUAAUCGAAACGUCAAUAAAGUUGAACGAUGAUAAUGCAUCAGGUGGUGAUACCGAAAUCAACACUAGCACAUCAGUCAAUACUUCAGGCGAUGACUGUGAUAAAGACAAAAAUAAUACCAACACAACAGGAGCUGGAGGAGGCACUCAAACGCAACCUACUCCUCAGCCGACUGGUACAGGAACAAUGCCACCUCCUCCUCCUCCUCCUGGAACUGGCUACAUGAAUAAUGGAGGAGUAGCAGGUACAACACCACCUCCUCCUGGUUCUGGCAACAUGAAUAAUGGACUAAAUGCUGGGAUAGGAUUGAACGGCAAUGGUUUGGGUGCAAAUGUAUCAGGACCAGGUGGUUUUGGAGCUGGUGGUAAUGUAGGAUUAACCUCAGCUGGUGGAGGUAUUCAAACACCAGCCGGUAAUCUUGGUGGUAAUCUUGGUGUAGAUAGCAAUGGUGUAAAAGGAGGAGUUACCACACCUGUAGGCGAUCUGAAUGCUGGAGCUGGUUUCAACAAUAACUCUUUGAACGCUGGACUGAAUACACCAAUUGGUGGAGCAGGAGCUGGAAUAGGAACAAAUGGACUUGCUGCAAAUGCUAAUCUUGGAGGUGAUCAUGGCAUCGGUAUGGGAGGACAAAUAAGUGGUAAUGGCGGUCUUCAAAGUAGUCUCGGAGCAAAUGUCCUCGGUGCCCAAGCUAAUGUUGGUGGAGGAAUAGGUGGAGGAGGCGGUGCUGGAGGAAGUGCUUCUUUGUCUGUCUAAGACUCAUACUUUUUGAAUACUUGCUUCUUGUCAAGGAAGUGAGAUACUUCACGAGUUUUCGCGAUGUUUAAUUUCAAGUGGGUACUUAUAAUUAUUUUUGUAAGCUCUAUUUCUAUUUAUUUCCUUUCGUUUCAAAAUAAAAUUAGAAGAUUCAAAAUUUUCAUCGCGAAUUUUUUAAACUAGAAAUUGUAUGUAUUUUUCAUAUCAAGUUACCUACAUCUAAUUUAUAGCAAUUCCUAUUAUUGUAUAGUAUUUAACUAUUUAUGUAUAAUGUUGUGACGGAUAUUGUAGUGCAAAUAAAUAUUUUUUCUUCAUGCCAUAAC